GAAGGAACACUUUUUUCGUGACGAGGGGUAUAGAUGCCAAGUGGCCACUCCGGCGGUGUGACACGCGAUUUGGUCAAAGGAUAUGUCCAAGUGUCCUGCACAUUUGGCUUCUGUCGUGCAGGCCUUGCAGAGUCUCCCUCUAGGUCAUCCCUCUUUUCAAUGGCAACCUCUUCGUUUUCCCGAUGACGUCGUUCCGCCGCCCCCGUCGACCGCUGCCCCCUCGCAAGUGGCGCCAUCUCCAUGUGCAUCACUUGCUCCCCUCCCCCCUCGUCCGCUUCGUCAGACGAUUCCCGCAUCCGUUGAUGGCAGACCAUCUGUGGCAACGCAGCCUGAUGCGCAAGGCGCCGUGCCAGUUUCAGGUGUCGAGGAACCUGUGUCGUUCGACGAGCAAGGCACUCGUGCUUUCGUCGAGGGCGGUGGGUGGGGGAAGGACGCUGGCACAUCAUCAAGCCUCGCCCCGUUGUUCACUGGCAACAGGGACAAGGUCCUAAGAGUUCGACGCACAGACACACGUCCGGCCGUGGCAGGAGCACCCACAACAGGACAUCAAUCCGCUGCGUAUCCAUGGUUGCCUCCCCCUCCUUCGCAAACACGACGGCCUACACCAGACUUGACUUCGGCACCUGUUGGCGAGGCCGCUGCAACGGCCACUGAGGGUGCGGGAAACGUCCAGCUCGACGAGCCCGUCCAGGUUUCGGAUUCGUCACCCACUCCUGUGCCCGUGAACGGCCCGACCUCGCAGCACGGUGUUUUUGGGACACUGGAUCCUUUACAGAAUCUGCGCAACAUUGCAGCUCCGACUCCGAUGGGGCCUUCCGCAGCAGUCCUAGAAUCGCAACAGGGUCCAGCACCGUUGAUGCGUCAUCCCGAGGUUCAGGGAGAGAUCAGUCCUCUCCCGGCAGUGCGGGACGAGGGUUCUGUCCGUGCACUGCAUCCACUCACGUCUGCCGGAGCGGCAGUCUCAGUUGCAGCGACCUCRGAUGUGGGACAACCACUGGCAGCGGCGGAGCAAGAAAGUAUGCUCCCACCUCGCAGUGUUCAACCGCGGCCACCGCCUGCAUUGAUGGAGGGGAGUCAGGGGACCGUUGUUGUGURWCAAGGCGACGAUCUCCCGGAACGUGAUAUCUCACACACUCCCGCAGCCGAGCAGAGCGCCGCAGACCAUGUCGGCCUCGCAUGCCCCACCGGCAGUCUUCCGAGUACCCGCGAGUUACUGACCAUGGACUCUGCGCUCGUUUCUCUACCAGACUUGUCGACGUUGAUAUCCCCAAGUCUACCCCAUGUGUCACCGCCCAAGCCACAACAGCUUGUUGUCAUUGAGCGUGGAUCGGACGGGUUUGACGUGGCAGGAGACGAUAUCGCCGAUAUGAUUACGAGCCCAAUGGUGUCUGCCACGCCCACAAUUUUUCGUGUUGGCAAACUACGUGAGGUGGCCCUUGGUUUGGCGGAGACGGCGACGCGACACCGCCGCGACGGUCAGCGCAGCAUCGCACAACGCAGUCUUUCUCAUUCGUUUGACGGCGCAGAGGAAGGGUCUCCUGGUGGGCCAGUUGACACACUYGAAAGAGAAGCAAGACCCCCAAGUCCGCCAUCAAACUUAGAGCAUCAUCCGAUUGCCGCGGCUGUCGGCGCAGAUGCGGGUGUCCCCGUCACAAACAGUGGCGCGGACGCGACAGAACAGCUUGUGGUUGGGUCAUCGGCGACARCACGGCGCGACAGAGCCACUGUUUUGCCGACAGUGGCAUUCUAUGCCAGCGGGAAGAGUACUGGGGGGAUGGAUGAGCAGGGAGUCCGGAAUGUUGGYAGGCCAUCUGCACCGUCUAUGGGGAAACGAUCCAUUGGGAGUGUGGAUGGUGCUCGRCAYACCGCCAUGGCCGAGUUUGAGGACCGACACGGGAGUGCUUUGCCGACGAAGACGUCUGAUGUCCAUGCUACGAGAGCCGCAAAGGCGAGUCUUUCUCGGGCAAGGAAGAAGGCVUCGGCAAGGAAGGCGUCACGUUCAUCCUCACAUAUGCGUUCCCGAGAGAGAGGAUCGGGCGUUGUGCAUCUCGAGGACGGAGAGAUUGCACCUGAYGGCGACGCAUUGGAUGUUGGRGGGAGGGAUGCAACGACGRCGGAUAUMGUCGGCAGGGAGGGCACAGGGAAUGCAGUGGCAGGUCAGAAGAGACGCGACAGUGUACUUAUCGUCCACGACGACAGCACAGAUGUCGCCCCGGGAGAGACCACAGGCACUGAUAAUGCAGGGGACUCCGAUUACGUACCCAAACCACGGGCGGCAGAUGGAGAUGAUGGAGGAAGGCGACGAGUGAGACCGAGGACACGACUCGGGCCGCAAGGGCAGCGAGCACAGGGCACACCAUCGGCGAUGAUUCCUGCCCCCAUAGAUCGACGAGCUCAGGCGCAGCGUCGCGGCGAGGCCAGGCCUCCGCUCUCGCAUUGGAUUGUGCAACUUCUCCUUCCUGCUCCUCGUCAUGGCGGCAAGGGUUGCAAGUGAACAGUGCUACACGCGCGAAAAAAGAACCCUCACGUAGUGGCACAGGUGCUGGAGCGCUACGCUACCCGCCCGGUUCCUGCGCUCCCCGAAACUCCGCAUGUAGAUCUUGGUGGCAGCAAUAAAUGAGAACUUUGAAG